CUGUGCAUUGAGUGAUAAAGUGCACAAAUGCAUUUCCGACAUGUCAAAAAGUCUAAUCGAGUGAAUUGAGUUCUGAUUGAUUAUGAGGAGUAUAUCGGGAAUUCAUUUCAUUCUCACUCUCUUCCAUCAUCUUUGUUCUUCAUCGGGUUGUCUUCAUCACCGAUUUCGAUCAAACAUGGCUGCUACGGGAGCAGGUUUUCUCUCUGGCCUUCUGGGUCAGUUAGAGAACUCUGCCAUGCGUAGUGGAGCAGUAAGACAAGGUGUGGGUGGCAGCUCACCCUCAACAUCAAUUUCUAAAGCCUACUUGCAAGCUAUAAAGGAAGGCCUUGCUUUGAGACAAGCAAGUCGUAGAUUCAACUCUUUGUUGUCUUUUGAAGCAGCCACAAGGAAUGCCUUCGAGAAAGCCUUUACAAACGUCUUCUUUGGUCUUCGUCAAGGAUCGGAUUCUUCUGGCGCUCGUAAAGCUCGUCAAAUAGUAAAAGAAUCAAAAGGUAUAGGCUACAAUCAGUCCCGACAUGCAUUCUCAAGAAGCUCUAAGCGACCUUCAGUCUACCCAAACAUUGCGACAAGCUAUACUCGAUCAACUACUGAUGUAGGAUUACAACUCUCCAGAAGAGGUUUCCAUUCUGGUGGUAUGGGUUUCGAUACUAUAGUCAAUCUUCAUUCUCCUCUCGCUCUUCGUGCCGCUGCUGAUGAUUUGGAAAAGGAAAGGAAGAAAGCCGCAGCUGCCCGUUCCGCCAAGAUGCCAAGAAGCACUCGUCGUUCUUCCUACAUGAAGCAAGAACGUAAUAUUCUUCAAGUAGACAAUCAAAUUCAGCGUCACAACGCCAUUCAUAAGACUUGCUUCUUAUUCCGCAAGUUUGAGGACAAGAGCGACAAUGGCAUUAGUGAAGUGGUACCCGAGUCACCAAAGUCAUCUGUGGUCAAUAAUGUUGCUGGUCCAUCGUCAGAGGUAAUGACUGUCUCAGAUGAGGAGUCCGAAAGCGGUAGUGUCUUCUUCCCAGAGGAAGAUAUUCCGUACUGCACUACUACACUCAACAUCCCACUCAAUCCGGAUCAACACUGUUUGCUUUUCAAUGAUGCCUAUCAUCCGCUUCCUGAUGACGAUCGUCUGAUGCCUUUCAAUCCUGCUGAAAUGCGUUUAUACGAUGAAGCCUUUGUGCAAGCGUUGAAUCGCAUUUACGAGGAUUACCAAAGGUUCCGGCUUGGGUUGAUUGCCCAAGUGGAACGAGCAUUUGACGUGCCUUUAAGACCAUUCCGUCCAGCAAAUUGGAAUUCCGCCUUGUUUGUCCACUUACAAGAACGUAUCGGCGAAGAUGAUGCUGUCGCCAUGCGUAACGUGGUCUUGAGGGUCGACUUUCCCCAUUACGAGCCUGAUGAGGUAAGGGCAAUGCUCAUAGCUGCAGAGGUAAGCAUGAAGUAUGUCGAAUUAUUGAUGCACAAUAGCAUUGCCCGCUAUCGAAAGGCACCAAGUUUUGCACUGGAAUCCAGUCAUUCCUCCAUCGAUGCGAGCUCAGAUUGUUCGGAUUUGCAUAGCCCUCCUAGCUCUUCAGAAGGAUUCACUGAUGUGGGCGAAUAUCGUGCAGGUCUAGGUGUGGCAAGCAAUGUGAGCAUGGAAGACUACAACCGUUCAUCGACAGAAAGCGAGGAUAUCCAUGAAAAUCAAGAAAGCACACACCAAUGCGUCAUGCCAACGCUUCCAUUAAAUGGUGAUACUCCCAGUGAAUCUACUGAGCUUACUGCUACUUCUUCUUCUUCUCACUCAAAUUAAAUAAUUCUUUGAUCUGUUCUAUAUAUGCUCACAAUCUUUCACCGUCCGCUAGCCUUUAUAGCCUAUGCUUUCUCUCUUAUGAUGAUUCUAUCCAAUUUAUGACCAUUUCUUAUUCUCGAACAUGAUUGAUUAAAGAAGCAUUAUCAUAACCAUAUGAAAUUUACAACAUUUG